GUUUUAAUCUGUGAGUUUUUUUUUCUGACAGACAAGAAAGCAGCAAUUCCAGAUUUGCAAAAGAAUUAUGGCUGCUGCUUCCUCAUCAACAUCAUUCUUUGGAGUCCCAGAAGAAAACCCAACUCAGAUUACACAUCAUCAAUCCUCCACAGCUGCUCCCACCACAGUGCCUCAAAAGAAACGGAGGAAUCAACCUGGAACACCAAUUCCAGAUGCGGAGGUGAUAGCACUAUCUCCAAAGACCCUAAUGGCAACAAACAGAUUUAUAUGUGAGGUUUGCAACAAAGGGUUCCAAAGGGAGCAAAACCUUCAGCUUCACAGAAGAGGACACAACCUUCCUUGGAAGCUAAAGCAGAAGAGUACAAAAGAGCCAAAGAGAAAGGUUUAUCUGUGUCCUGAGCCCACAUGUGUCCAUCAUGAUCCUUCAAGAGCUUUAGGAGACCUCACUGGGAUUAAAAAGCACUACUCUCGCAAGCACGGUGAGAAGAAGUGGAAGUGCGAAAAGUGCUCAAAGAAGUAUGCUGUUCAAUCUGAUUGGAAAGCACAUUCUAAGACAUGUGGCACAAGAGAAUACAGAUGCGAUUGUGGCACUCUCUUCUCUAGGCGUGACAGUUUCAUCACUCAUAGGGCCUUUUGUGAUGCAUUAGCGCAAGAGAGUGCAAGAUACCCUUUAAGGACUCAUUUGUUUGACACAAAUCACAUGAGUUUAGGCAUAUCCCAAGUGAGUACCCAAAUUUCCCAACUGCAAAAUCAGAACCAAACAGCCACUAACAGCAUUAUGCGCCUUGGCAAUGGUGGUGCACCAAAGUUUGAGCACAUAAUCCCACCUUUAAACCAAUCUUCAUUUGGACACUCAUCACAAACAAUGCCUUCCUCAGCUUUCUUCAUGAAUGACACUAACCAAGCAUUUGAAGAGCAUCAAUCUCAGCAAGGACAAUUCUCAAACAAGCAACUACAUGGUCUAAUGCAACUUAAUGCUGAUCUUCAAGGCAACACCAAUUCAGCAACAGUAGCUGCUCCUUCCAAUGUUUUCAACCUCAGCUUCUUUCCAAAUAACACUAGCAAUGGCACCAUAAUCUCUGAUCAAUUCAACAACAUAAGUGGUGUUAAUCAAGGAACAACACUCUACAUUAAUAACAACCAAGUAAGUGAUCAAGUUGGUUCGGGUUUCUCUUCACUCUUUAGCAAUUCAGAGCAACAUGAAAACAUGUCCCCUCAUAUGUCCGCCACAGCAUUGCUUCAAAAAGCUGCUCAAAUGGGUUCAACCACAACCACCAACAACAGUUCCUCUCUACUAAGAGGAAUGUGUAGUUCCUCAACCAAUGAUGCCAAAUCUGACCAUAGGGUACUUGUGCCUAAUAAUGUUGCCAUCACUUUUGAAAGUGAUCAUCAUAGGAGGGGAGAAGAUAUAAUUAGAUCAAGCAUGGAAAAUGACCAGCAAGAUCUUCAUGGAUUCAUGAACUCUAUUACCAACGAGAACACUUCCAUAUUUGGCAAUGUGCAAGGGAACCAAAACAACCUUUGUAGGUUUCACAAUGUGGAGGAUUCAAACAAUAAGUUGCCACAAAAUCUUAAUAUGAACUUUGGAGGGUCUGAUAAGUUGACGUUAGACUUUCUUGGUGUUGGAGGAAUGGUGAGAAACAUGAGUGGAAGAUUUUCCCAAAGAGAACAACAACAACAACAACAACGUGCCAUGAGUACUAUAUGUUCUUUGGAUCCUGACCUGAAAUCAGCAGAGUCAAGCCAACAUUUCGGAAACUCAACACUGUAAUAAGGAACCGCAAGAUUAGGAUCAGGGAGAGAAAAAGAAAAUGCUUGUUACGUAUGAACUUGUUUAAAACUUUUCUUCCUUUAUUUUAUUUUAUUUUCCUUAAAAGAAGUGUAAUUGGUAUAUUAGGGUUUCGAUUCUAAAAAUUGAAAUUUCUUGUUUUUUUAUUGAAAAAAAUCACUUUCUC